UGAUAUAUGCUUACAAAAUAAAUUUCCAAAACUUUAGAAUUUCCUAAAAAUUUAUUUUAUAUAUGUUUUUUGUCUGUUUCAGAAAUUACCGUAUCCAAAAUCAGUAUUUUUCAUCGUCAGCAAUGAAUUUUGUGAAAGGUUCAGUUACUAUGGAAUGCGCACAAUUCUCACUUUGUAUCUGGUGGACAUCCUCCUCUUCAGCAAACCAGACGCAAAAAUCAUUUAUCACACAUUCACGAUGUUCGUUUAUUUCUUCCCAAUUUUUGGGGCUAUGCUCGCCGACAGUUUACUUGGAAAAUUCUAUACCAUCUUCUACGUUUCGAUCAUAUACGCGAUAGGAAACAUUGUUCUUGCCAUGUCUGCAGCUCCACCGUUAAAUUUUCCAAUGGUAGCUUUUUCGAUGGUCGGUCUACUUUUAAUCGCAAUUGGUACGGGUGGCAUAAAACCAUGCGUUUCAGCUUUUGGUGGUGAUCAAUUUAAAUUACCACAGCAAGAAUUACAAUUGGCUAAAUUUUUUUCAAUGUUUUAUUUUUCUAUUAAUGCCGGAAGUUUAAUUUCUACGACGGUUACACCUCUUUUAAGAGAAGACGUUCAUUGCUUUGAAGAUGAUAGUUGUUAUUCUUUAGCCUUUGGCGUUCCUGGAGUUUUAAUGAUAGUAUCUAUUGUUAUUUUUGUUCUGGGAAAACCAUUGUAUACAAUUAGAAAACCUGAAGGCAAUAUGGUGAUCAGAGUCAGUAAAUGUAUUUCUACUGCCAUUAAAAAGAAAUGGAAAUCAAAAGAAAAAGCUGAACAUUGGUUAGAUCAUGCUAAAGAAGAACACGGUGAUAAACUCGUUUCUGAUGUAAAAGCCCUAUUAAAAGUCCUCCUUUUAUACAUUCCACUCCCAGUUUUUUGGGCACUUUUCGAUCAACAAGGAACCGGUUGGACUUUCCAAGCUAGGAUAAUGAAUGGAGACGUUGGAUUUUACACGAUCCUUCCAGAUCAAAUGCAAGUCGUCAAUCCACUUCUAAUUUUACUCUUCAUUCCCAUUUUUCAAUACGGAGUUUAUCCACUUAUGGACAAAUUACACAUUUUACAAACCCCGUUAAAACGAUUAGUUACGGGAGGAUUACUUGCAGCUCUUGCCUUUAUUAUUUCCGCCUGCAUUUCUUUAGCUUUGGAAGCGAGUAUGCCCAGACAACCUUCGCCAACAGAAGCUCACGUUAGGAUUUAUAAUAACAUGGAUUGUCCAAUAAAGAUUAUACAUGAUAAUACAGAAUCAAUUAUUGAAAAGAACUUAUUUUAUGAGAAUAUUGAUAUUGACAGCAAUGAAUGGACGGCAACCGUCGACUUCACUUGUGCAAAUUUGAAAUGUGAUGGUUGUGUAGCAACUGCUGAAUUAAAUAAAGCAUUUGGCUAUUAUUUUAUUAAUAGUGAUAAUAUAGUUACCAUGGAACAAUUUUUGGAUAGUAGCGAAAAAGAUGAUAAUAAUGGAUAUCCAAAAGUAAGAUCAUUAAUUAGUGGAAGUAAUUUGGGUGUUAUAAACGUAACAUAUCUCAAUAGCAAAGGAAACAUUAUGGCAGCAACUAACGCAUCAGAUCCAAAUUUCUUUGAGUUAAAACCUGACGACUACCAGAUAGAAAUUGGUGACACAAAAAUCGACAUAACACUUAAAUUGGGUGGUGUUUACGCUGUAUUAGUACGUGAAAAUACAAACGGAAUCUUUGAAGCAGCAGAAGUUACGGUUACCGAUCCAAAUUCAAUCCAUAUGUUACUUCUAAUUCCUCAAUACGUAAUAAUAACAAUGGGAGAAAUUAUGUUCUCAAUCACUGGUUUGGAAUUUUCAUAUUCGCAAGCUCCAACGAGCAUGAAGUCAGUAUUACAAGCUUGCUGGUUACUUACAACAGCAGUGGGCAAUUUGAUUGUGAUUAUUAUCGAAUCUGUACAUCCUUUUGAUGAAGAGUCUUUAAACUUUUUCCUUUACGCUGGUUUGAUGAUUGUUGAUAUGUUCAUUUUUGCGUUAAUGGCAAUGAGAUAUAAAUACGUAGUUAAAGAAGAAAGUGAUAGCGAAGUAAGCAGCGCAGACCAAUUACCGGAUAAAUCAGGAAUUGAAAAUAAGGGUUUUCUUAAAGAAAAGGACGAUGCGUAAAUUGAAAAAUUAGCUUCUGUGGAGCUUAAAAUGUAAAAUUUUGUUAAUAAUGUAAUUAGAUGUGUAUAUUAGUUAAUUUGUAGGUUUUAAAAAAUUGACUUAUCCUAGUACUUAUCUGUGCAUAAUCAUGUAUUAUUUAUGUAAUUAUUUUAUUUAGUUUUAAUUGUACAUAAGGCUGUAAAUAAUUGUUAACAAUAAAUAAAAUACAU